AUGGCACUGUUUUUGCAAGGCUGUACGUUUGCUCAGCACUAUGCAUCUUCGCUUUUCCAUGGUAAAUCGCAGUCCUCUAAGAGGGCUCUCAAACUCGGUGUCCUAUCAACUACUAGGAUAAAUGCUGCGGCCGUCGUCCAUCCCGCAGAAAGCCAUCCCGAUGUGGACUUAUAUGCAAUUGCGUCUACUGAUGCGCAGACAGCGAAAACUGCGGCGGAUAGAUAUGGUUUCUCAAAGUCAUAUGGCUCCUAUCAGGAGCUUCUAGAUGAUCCUGUUAUCAACUUUGUCCAUAUCUCCCUACCAACCAAUAUAUAUUUCGAGUGGGCUCAGAAGGCAUUAGCUGCUGGAAAACAUGUACUCUGCGAAAAGCCCUCUGCAUCAAAUUGUACUGAAACAGCAGCACUGAUCGAAAGUGCAUCGAAGGGAGGGCUAAUUAUCCAAGAGGCUUUUCACUGGCAAUUCCAUCCGGCUGCCCAUCUGUUUAAGGAUAUUCUGGACUCAAAGAGAUAUGGUAGAAUCAUUCGUACUGAUGCCUGGAUGACAUAUAGUCCUGCAGUGCCCAAAGGAGAUAUACGAUGGCAAUAUGACCGAAGCGGUGGUUCUUUAAUGGAUGAAUCGUAUGCUUUAUCCUUCACUCAAUAUGCGCUCCAGUCCAAGAGCCCAAAAGAAAUUCUUUCAGCAGCAGCUCGCCCAUCAAUGGAGGACAACCGUGUUGACGCUGCAAUGCAUGCAUUAUUGCUCUUUGAGGACGAAGAGGGUAACCCCAUCACCAGCCGGAUUUACACUGACUUGUCUCGCAAAAAGCUAGGUGGCAUUCUCCCUCGUGUUUGGGAACUGCCAUCAAUCGAGGUGGAGACAGACGCUGCAAUAGUUUAUUUCUACAACGCAAUGAUGCCCCAUAUCUAUCACUAUAUUUCCAUCACCGAUAAGCGGACUGGAAUUACGGAGUACAAGACGCAGAGCUCUGGGGGACCUCUCUGGGGUGAAAGGUGGACGACAGGAGGGAAGGGAGGAAAGAGUUACUGGAGCACAUAUCGAUGGCAACUGGAGGCAUUUGUAGAGAAAGUCAGAGAUAAGGAACCUAUAUGCUGGGUGCCCUAUGAAGAUUCAAUACAUCAUAUGGAAUGCAUUGAUAGGAUCUACAGAAAGGCGGGUAUGCCGGUUCGAGGGGACCCAGCAGAAGUUCGGAGGGAUGAAAAGGUCCAACUGGCGGAGGAAACCGAGAAGAGACACGAAUAG